CAAGUUUUUCUAGAAACUGUAGAUCUACAUCGGUGGUUUGUAAUAUUGUUUUCACUACUUAUGCCCUUCUCCAAGCUUGUGACGGCGAGCUUUCGACGGACAGUGCGGUUUUCGGUUGUUUUGCUGCUGUCGGACGUAUGUGUAUAUUAGGGCCGAAUCUCGUCCAUAGUCACACUGAGCCUUUGCAUUCCUAGCCGUCAGAGAGGUGUACGGCAAUGCAAUCAGUUUGUUGAGAUGCCGUUCUAAAAAUAACUUGAUAUUGUGAGAGGACAACAUCCGCAAGCCCGUGGCGUGCUCUGCUAGCUCGCCCUGUGGACAUGCAUGUGCGGCAGUCGGAGUGGAAUACGUUCUGCGGAAACGGACAGCGUGGGAGUAGGGCAUACCCUCCGGCCCACGAGUGCUACAGUUGUAGUAGCAGCGGCACCAAGCAGGCCCCCUAGCCCUGCCACCGUACCGCAGCCAGCACACUCACGUGUUUUGCGGCGAUGGUAUGAGUCUCUGCUUGCCGCUCACGCGCUUCGUGGUACACGGCUUGCUUCUGCUGCUCUGGGCAGUUUCUCAUACAGCCUUGCCAGCACGUGCAUCUGGUGGAAGUGGGGCAGAUCCACAGCAACAACAACAAGAGUGGGGUAGUUGCUGGACAUUGUCGAGCAGAUGCCGCAGCAGCAGCAGCGCUGAUAGUAGCUCUACCGAUGCCGGACAUGGCAGCAGCAGCAGUAUCCCAGACCCGCACAGUGUUGCGUUCCGUGCACUGCGCGCACUUCAGCAUCAACACGCAGGUGCCACGACCGUCAGCUGUAAAGCGCUGCUCGCCUACAACGCUAGUUCUAACUUAGAAAUAGCGACACGCAUAUUGACUACAGCCAUCACGGAUAUUCGAUCAUGGACUACAAUGAACAGAGUGGACACGGAGCGGCGCCUGAAUGCCAGUCACCUCUCUGCGCAGUGUAUAGCAGUGAUCGCGUCCUCACUUAAGGCCGCCGUAGAAUGGCAGGAGCGCGCCAGUAAUUUUCUGCUACAGCAGACCAAGAUGGAAGAGAUGAAUUUGACUGCGGCUGAGCGCUUGCACAGCGCCAUGCGGCUGAUGAAGACGGCGAGUAGACUUCUGGCAAGCGGCAACAACGCCAGCAGCGACCGCACGCACUGCUUUGCAUGCUUGAAUGCGACCGUGAUCAGUUCUCUUGGCCCGGCAACGGCGCUAGGGGCACUGGCUACGGGCGUUUCGCGCUUCCACGCCACGGCCAUCGUUCUGAGCGAUACCGCCGACUUCUGGAGCAUGGUAUCACAGGCUAGCAGUCUCGUGCGCGGCAUGGACACCGUCUUUGCCAAACUCGGACCGUCAAUCGUAGCCGCGGAUGCCUUCGCUAAGGCGGGUACCCAUGGGGGCGGCGUGGACGUAUUGACUGCGACUGUAUGCACGUCGCUUAACCAAUGGGCACAGGGUUCGGUGACGUGCGCUCAAACACCCCCGGAACGCGUUGAUCAGGCCACGCUAUGCUCACAGGCGGCCACGGACUAUGAUCUCAAGUACAUGGGCUCCGUUCUGGAGUACAUCGCCACGUUCUCGCCGCCGGCCGUGCGCGCCAUGUCUUCCGUCAAGCUGAUGAAGGACUCGGUGACGCAUGCCACUUCGACGGCGCUGCGCUGCAGUGCGUCGUCGCUGUUGUCGGGCGUAGCACAGCAGAUGGUCAGCGGUAUUCACCUGGGCUCGCCCGACAACACACUCCCGCAGUCCAGCAGCGCGGUGCUAGUGCGAUCUGCCCAUAGUCCAGCAUGCCUCAAUCUCAAGUGUAAACACCCGUACAUCGUGACGAGCGUCAAGUCGCACUACGCCACCAACGUUAUCAGUGCUCUCCUGGCCAACAUGACCAGUGCCAGCGUGCCCGUUCUCAGCGUCGAUCUGGCUUCAAGCAAGCUACCCUGCGGCUACUCCUGUACUGACACGCUGAUCGUGACCGAGUCGGCGGGCGCGCGCGCCGCCUACAUUGUACACAUGAUCAUCUUCGCAUCGGUCUCCCUCUGCUUCCUCUACGCGGGCGCCGUUUUCGCCACCAACUUCCAGCGCGUGAUCUCGACGACGCCGUGGCGCGCCGCCAUGUACGCAAUGUUCUCCGUGUUCCUGCUCAACACCUUCCGCAGCAUUAACCUGUCGCGCGGCGACAGCCUGUGCCUGAACGACCGCACCAUGAUCGUGGGCAUGCCGCUGUACAAGGCGCCGUGGCAGUGUGCUCUCUCUGUCGUCGGCACCGACCUGAUGAACAUCCUGGUGCCGCUAAUGAUGUCCUGGAAGGCGCUGGUCUGGCUCAUCUAUAUGAAGCAUGUGACGGCCAUUAAGUCGACGGGCUCGCGCAGCAGCAACUGGUACUAUCGCCUGCACAUCGCCGAAGGCGUCCUGCUGGCCAGCAUCCCCGCUCUGUGUAUCACGUACGUGGUGAUGAUGAACGGGCACAUUGUCUACGCGCAGCCGUUCGGCCUGAAGUGCGUGUCGGCCAUGGAGAAACGCUACGCGCUGGGUCGGCAGGUCACGCUCGCGUUCCACUUCAUCUCCGUCAUCCUGCUGACAAUCUCGAUGUUCCGCGUGGUGCGCAGUGCGGCGCAUCGCAAGAUCAAGUUCGGCCUGUUUGUGGUGGGUGCCAGCUGGGGCACUGUACAGCGUGUGCUACGGAACUCACCCGCCGUGGACCUGAACGCCGUCAUGAAGGGCUGGCAGAGUCGCAUAGCCUUCUCCAUCCUCUUCACCAUUCUCUUCGUCCUGUCCUUCCUGCUCGACUACGUUGUGCUGCCCACGGGCUUCUCCAUCACGGCCCUGCUAACCAAGCAGCGCGCAAUGGACCAAAGCAUCAUGUGCCACAUAUUCAACUGCAAGCCGCAGCUGUGCCCGUCCAUUCCGAACUUUGUGGACGCGGACAUGCAGACCACUUACUACUACAUUGUGGCAUUCAACUGCUGCAACAUACUGAUCACAACUUCCAUCCUGCCGUUCAUACUCUACGAUGGCCUCAAACGACCCUUCAACUGGUUCUCUCGCAAGAAGGACAUCUCCGAAGUGGAUUUGAAAAGACGUGGAUCGCGUUCCCCCUUUGCUUCGCGGAGGGUGAUGCGAAACUCCAUACUGACAGCGUCGCCCAGCCUCCAACGAAGGCUCAAACCGCAUUCGAUCAGUGACGAAAGCGGAGAUCGAGCACACCGACGGCUGGCGGUCAUCUUUAGCCAGGGCAGCCUUGAGCAGGCGGCCAGCAACCACGAGUUUAUCAGCCUCAACCGGUCCUCGACGUCGUUGCGCCGAGGGCCCACGCCCACCGCGUUCAUCACGUCACGCGACAAGGAGGAUUCGGUCGACGGGCAGCGCCGGUCCACCCUCGGCGGCGGGCAUCAGAUAAUGCGCCAGUGGUACAUGUGCGCGGGGAAAGUGACGUCGAACACCUCCGUAACGGCAGUGCCCACCCCGUCUGCACCAGACUUCUGGAGGACUAGCAGCAGCGACGUGCCGCAACCAGCAGCUGACCUUGCGGACACAGCAGGUGCAUGCACGACGACGCCACCACAGGCGCUUUCAGACCUGCCCUACAUGAUGCCGCAGUCCAGCGACACCGACCUGCAGGCUAGACUCGGCUCACCGCAUCUGUACCGCUCGGCGUCGGCGCGAUCCCCGCAGCAGCAGCAGAGGGCAGUGCCGGCACUGUCCAUGCCACCGUUGCCGUCGACAACGUCGCUCGAUGAUCAACGCACCCACUCGGGACCGGCCAGCAUGGAACACUCCGCCGCGUUCAUCACGACGCUACAGCCGCCGAGCGUGACGGACUCCGUGUCUGCAGUUGAGGGGGAUUCGGCGAUCGAGGAUGCUGACCUGUCAGCAUCGCUACAGUCCAGCAGCCUCGACCCUCUCACGCAGUGGUCGGUGCUCUCGCCGCAGUCCCACACUCUCAAGAAGCCGCGCGCACGCUUCUGCCGCUCCAACCCACCAGCGAUUAGCCGAGGUGAGAAGUCUGUGGGUCUGCCACCCGAGCAGGACACCGGACCGUCCAACAACAAGUCGCGCGGGAACAUGAAGAAAGCGGUCAGCUCGCCGCAGAUCGGCGGUGCUGAGGACGACGAUGAGGACGACUGGAUCUUGCAGCAGUUAGCGCUGACACAACCCGUGCAGUCGCGCAAAAUCAGCAUCAGCUCUUCGCGCUGGCCCUCAGUCAGGCAGAAACGAUUGAGCUCCGUGUUUCGACCAUCGAUGUCGACCAGGAGCACUUCGCGAACUUCGCAGAAGAGCCCGAGGCUGCCGUCGCCCGAAUUCUCUCCGUACGCCGAGCGUCCGAAGAAGUCCAAAUCCCUGAACGAGGGCCAGAUGUCGGUCGUUCGGUUAGCGCGCCGUGUUAGCGGCUUUGCCUCGCGCCGCUCCUCCAUGCAACGGCGCAAAAGCAAGGGUGAUUACUGGGUUGUCAAUCACUCGUAAACCUGAUAUCCCAUAUAUGCAUACCAGUAGAGUGGAAACGAUGGGUGUUGGUUGCCUUGACAAUGAGUUUUCUUGUCACUGUGACAUCGGUUGCUAUGGUUGUGUGGCUAUCAGUCCGGAUCGGUUCUUCGCAUUGUGUCAUACGCUGUUAUGGUUACACAGUUCUCAGUCCGUAUGGAUUCUCCGCACGGUGACACCAGUUGCAGUAAGAAGCUGGCUUCUAGCACUGUGCAAUCAGUUGCCAUGGUUACAAAGUGACUUCCACUGCACGUAGUGCAUACCAGUCCUGUAGUGAAUGCAGUAUCGUCACAAUCCCACCUCAUGUCACACACACACACACACACACACACACACACACACACACACACACACACACACACACACACACACACGCACGCACACACACUCUCUCUCUCUCUCUCUCUCUCUCUCUCUCUC